AUGAUCCCAUGGCUCUUCAUCGACUGCUUCUCUCUUGCUGUGAACUCGGUCGUUUGGAACGGCAAUGUCAUCAAAAGAAUUCCAGUCUGGUGCGACAUUGUCACCAAGCUCAACGUCGGCAGCACCGUGGCAUUACCCGCCGCCUGUCUUUGCUUGACUAUCCGUCUGGAGAGCAUAUCUGCGUGCCGCCAAGUCAGCGUAUCGCACGCUUCGAGGAGGAGAUGGAUGAUAUUUGACCUCGUUAUGUGCUUUGGCCUUCCGUGCGUUUAUAUGGCCCUUCACUAUAUCGUUCAAGGCCACCGCUUCGACAUCGCAGAGGACUUGGGUUGCCGUGCCACCUACUACGUCUCCGUUCCCGCCAUCUUCAUCAUGUUCAUACCUCCUCUUCUUCUAUCUGCGGCCACUCUGAUUCUCGGAGGCAUGGCCUUGGCUCACUUCUUCCGUCGACGGGCAGUCUUCGCGCAAACGCUCAAGAACUCGCAAUCCGCGCUCACGACCGCGCGCUACGUUCGCCUCAUGCUUAUGUCCAUCGUUCUCAUGAUCUGGACGCUUGCUGCAUCUACACUUCAAGUCUGGUUCUCGACCCGCUACGGUCUGCGACCGUGGACGAACUGGGCCGACGUGCACUCCAAUUGGACUAACAUCGGGCUUUUCCCGACUGCCUUUCUUUCACCAUCAGACCGUGUCUGGUCUGAGGUCGUAUGGUGGACAACCCCGCUUUCGGCGAUGUUCUUCGCGGCAUUCUUCAUGUUCGGCGAGGACGCGCUCAAGGAGUACAAAGCGUGCUGGAUGUGGAUCAAGACACAUGUCCUUCGCAUGAAACCGGCAGCACGCUCCGCGAGGAACUACGUUCCUGCAGCGGACCCGCCGUCGGCAUACAAAACCCACCGAGGCACUAUGCUGUCUACCUUCUCCGUAGAUGGGAAGACCGAUGUCUCGUCAACACUCGCCCCUUCUUACAGCAAACCCAUACUCUCAUCAAGCGCUUUGAAGUCCUUCGCCGAGGAGACGCAGAGCGUUAACACGGACUGGACCUCGGACGCCCACUCUACCAUGCCCUCAACGCCUUCCGACUACGCACCGCCAGACUACGCCGCGGGCAACUAUGCUCGACGACCGUCGCAGCACUCUAUCAAUGAUACUCACUUCGCCAAAUCUGGCGAUGACAUGGCAUGA